AUGUCGUCCCAGCCUGGUUCAGGGUCCACACCGCAGGGCUUCGCCACCAAUACUCUGGCGACGCAACAGUUUCUGGAGCAGCGUGCUACAUAUCAAACCGCGGAGUACAAGGCGGUUCAGGGCGCUUUUUUCGACCCGCCGCGGGUCAAGCAUACUGCACCCACUCCGGUGCAAAGCGGCUUGACCACACCGCAGGAAGAUUCCGUGGCAGAUGAGGUUAUGAGGGAGGCUGAGGAGCACGCAGAGCCACCGGAAGAGCGUAAUUUGCUUACGCCUUUUUCUCUGCAGGACCAGGCCGCCUUGGAAGUUACCUUAGGAAGCUUGGGAGUCAACAUCAACGACCAAAACGCCGUCCAGGUCAAAAAGGAGGUCGCAUGGAUGGCUUCGGAGAACAGGCUUUUGCAGAAACAUGCCUGUGGUAUCCAGCUCUUGACCACAGGCUGGCCGAAUGCUCUGAAGCCUGCAGAAAGAGUGUACAUGAUUUCGUGGAUGGUUUCGCAAGUUCCUGCCUUGGUGAACUUUUUGAAGCUGAGGGGCUAUGUCUCCGACCACAACGCCUCGGAGCUGGAAAGGCACAUGAACGUUUUCGCCCAAGAACCGACCACAGUGCCUCAGUCGGAGGGGUUCUAUUUCAGCAUGACCCUUCUCAGCUUUAAAAGUUGGGACACGCGGUCUGCUUUUUUGAACCACUACGGUGGAAGCUCCGGGGUGCCAGUCUAUAAGGACGAGAGCACCCCCAUUCACAACAAGCAUCUGAAGGUGGCACCUUGCAGUCCGCAGUGGCAGCGCAAGCUAGAGGCGCCGUUGCGUGUAAUUUUAAAUCAUGUGAACAAACACCCGGAACACAACGCCUCCUCCCGUCUCACCAUUUUGUGGAAGACCCUCACGCUUCUGGCUCCUCAGCAAGACGCUGAAUUUCACGAGGACCAGACCGCCUGGGCAAGGCUUCACUAUGGCCAGGAGGCAGGCGAGUUUGUUUGCAGGCUUGAGGUUGUUCCGGCACUUCUCGCAAUUUUGAAUGGCCCACCUUCGGAAUCCGAUUCCAAGACCACAUCACUUUGGGAAGAGCAGUGGUACCAAACGAUGUGGGGGAAUCAUGCUGAGCUUGAUCGAAUGGAUGCCGAAGCCUUUUCGAGUGCCAAAAAGGAUGCAGUCCUUUCUGGCAAGGGCCUUCAGAAAGGAAAGGGCAAAAGGCACUGGUCUUCCUCUGCUGUGCAUACCAGUGCUUACUCUCCGUAUCCAUUCGAUCUCCAUUUUCAAGUUGUGGAAGCGGUCUAUUUUUCAUGGGAUGAGUUCUGUGAUAAGUAUAGAAAGGAAGACGGCAAGGUGGGUGACUACGAAGUUGCCACUGUACAGGGCCGCCCACCAGUGGGGAUAGGAGCUGAGCUCCGAUCCGACCACACCGCCACGGACUUUGCAAGUUUCGGCGCCACGCCAGCGGCUUCCACAGCCACACCGGCGCACGCUCCAGCCCCGACCACGCCGCCGACAAAGGGUGGGAAGGGCAAAGGAUCCUGA